AUGCUAAUGUACAACACGGUUGAUCUCACACCGGAAAAUUACCUGCUACACCUGACACCCCUACCAUUAGCUACAUACAAAAAAACAAUCACACCGUACCUAAUCAAUGCAGCACGCAGCCUGAUCCCAGCAUUUUGGAAAAAGACCGCAACCCCAUCCAUGACGGACUGGAUAAUGAGGAUAGAAGACAUGAGAACCAUAGAAGAAUUAAUUCUAAUAGCCAGAGGACAAACCCAGAGAUACCAGAAGAUAUGGCUCCACUGGCUCCAAUGGCUAACGAACAGACAGCCAUAA